ACCUCUUUCUCCUCCUGCCUUGUGAUUCCUAGCUAUCUAUCUCCCUCUCUGUCUCUUUGCCUCUCUUGUUCUUUUCAUUUGGUUUCGUUGUUUGUUCCGUAGACAGUAUCACUACUUUGCUUGCUAUGAAACCAUAGAGAAACAAAACACAAACCAAACCAAACCAAACAAAAACCAACGUCAUCAUCAUUCCUCCAUAGACCCGUUUAAUAUUCUCAUCUCCCCUACCCCUAUCCCUUCCACUCCAUCCUUUUCCCUCAUAUUUUUGUUUUGGAUUUUUCCCUUCACCGUCUUCUUCUUCAUCUUCCAAACAAAGAUGUUCCCUUCCUCAACUUCUUCUUCUUCUUCUUCACCUUUUCUUGGCGCACCCAUGCCCAACACCACUUCACUAUCCGCUGCUGCUUCCUUCUCCGACAACAUCUACACCACUUUCAUCAACCACACUCAACAACAAUCACUACUAUUCCCUCCCCCACCCCCAACCGCCGCUCUCCCUCCUCAGCCGCCGCUCCAAAAACAGCCCAAGAAGAAACGCAACCUCCCCGGCAACCCAGAUCCGGAGGCGGAGGUGAUCGCGCUGUCGCCCAAGACCCUGAUGGCGACGAACCGGUUCGUGUGCGAGAUAUGCAAGAAAGGGUUCCAGCGGGACCAGAACCUGCAGCUCCACAGGCGGGGACACAACCUGCCGUGGAAGCUGAAGCAGCGGAAAGAAGAGGCGGCGGCGAUGAAGAAGAGGGCGUACGUGUGCCCGGAGGCGAGCUGCGUGCACCACCACCCGUCUCGGGCGCUGGGGGACCUGACCGGGAUAAAGAAGCACUUCUGCAGGAAGCACGGCGAGAAGAAGUGGAAGUGCGCCAAGUGCUCCAAGAUCUACGCCGUCCACUCCGACUGGAAGGCGCACUCCAAGACCUGCGGCACCAGGGAGUACCGAUGUGACUGCGGCACCCUCUUCUCCAGAAAGGACAGCUUCAUAACCCACAGGGCAUUCUGCGACGCAUUGGCGGAGGAAAGCGCUCGCCUCUCCGCCCACCAACUCGCCUCCGCCUCCGCCGCCGCCACGGCAACUACACCAAACAACCCGCCGCUCCAACAAACCCUAGAAGGUUCCCAUUCCUCUUCUCCUCUCUUGUCACAAAUCUUACCGGCGGCGGCCUGGCAGGACAUCCACGUCAAACCGGAAUCUCAUCAAUUCCCGAUCCCAUCACCCCUCUACCACCACCCUCCUCCACCGUCGCACCACCUCUCCGCCACCGCGCUCCUCCAGAAGGCCGCCACCCUGGCCGCAACUCAGGCCGCCGCGGCGCAGACCCAGAUGUCGCACCUGGACAUGGGCGAACUAGGAGCCGCCGUGGCCCCACGCCGCAGCCAGCAGCAGCAAGCCGUUGACCCCGCCGGGAGCUGCAUGAAUGGCGGGUUCGCCACGUGGCAGCAGAAGAGCGAUCGUUUUACGAGGGACUUCCUCGGUUUGACCGGCCACGAAGACCGCCGAGGAGGCGGAAGCGGCGGCGGCGGCGGCAGCGGGACGUCAGAUCAUCAUAUGGGGUUUGGUAAUGCGAGGGAAAUGCUGGGGUACGGCGGGGGCGCAGGGCUGCAGCGGUACACCUGCCUUGGGAGUGACGUGGCGCUGAUGAAACCAUUGCCGGGGUUUGGGUUCGCUGCUGCGGCUGCUCAGCCGCCGCCGCCGCCGCCUGAGACGUGGAGAGACUGUUAAGGAAGGAAGGGCAGCGGAGGGCAGCGUGGUAAUUUUGAUUUGAGCUUAUUGAAGGAAUUGGCGGGAAUACCCUUCUGCAUUUUGGACGAGUGAGUGUUCGUGCAUCGGUGCAUGUACUUGCUGACAGAAUCGAAGAAUUGAAGAUUG